UUAUAUUUGUCGGGUCACCGCGCAGGAUUGCAGUCAUCCUUUCGUUCUUCCGAUAUUUUCCCUGGUAAUAUUGGGAUUUUUACACGCUUUUAAGUUUCUCCAUGUAACACAGCAAGCUGUAUUUUGCCCUGUUUGGUAGCAUGGAUCCCCUGCCGUGUCCGGGGGACAUCAUCCACCUGAAUGUCGGCGGUACAAGGUUUUCAACCUCCAAGCAGACCCUGAUGUGGAUUCCUGACUCUUUCUUCUGCAGUUUGCUGAGUGGCCGAAUAUCAUCGCUCAAGGAUGAGACAGGAGCUAUUUUCAUUGACCGUGACCCGGCGGCCUUCGUUCCCAUCCUCAACUUCCUGCGGACAAAGGAGCUGGACCUGAGGGGAGUGGACAUAAAUACGCUGAGACACGAGGCCGAGUAUUACGGGAUCACGCCCAUUGUAAAAAGACUGGACCUGUGUGAAGACUUGGAGAGGUCCUCGUGUGGGGAUGUCCUGUUCCAUGGUUACCUGCCUGCACCAGGCAUUCCUCCGCGCCCGGUUGGCGUCGCCCUGGAGACGGAGUGUCGGAUGAGACCGAGCGCGUCCACGGGCAGCCCGCAGUACCAGUCCUCGGCAGCCACGCCCCUCAGCAGGUCACGCUAUGCCUCCGCAGGGGACGGAGCUGAGGGCGGGGAGACCGCCAUGUUUGAAGUUCCACUUGAUCCCAAGAAGGUUCGGAUCAUCGUGGGGCAUCACAGCUGGAUAGCUGUGGCUUACGCACACUUCGUCUGCUGUUAUAGAGUAAAGGAGUCGACAGGAUGGCAGCUAGUGUUUAACAGUGAGUAUCUGGAGCAGUCUGUGGAACGUGUGGCCCUGAACUCCAAGUGUCCGGGCGGGUACAGCGACAACAAGGACCGGAUGAUCGCCGUCUCCUCCGGUAGUGACAUCAGACUCUGGAGCUUUCAGGACGAGGGGCCAAAAAACGAGAGAGGUGUGUUUAACCUGUCGGUACAGGUAGACGACCUGUUCUUCAUCGGCAGCCAGCUGGUGGCCAUCAGUCACACCGGCAAGAUCGGGGUGUGGCACGCCAUGACUCACAACUGGCAGAUUCAGGACGUAGAACCAAUCUCCUGCUACGACACAGCAGGGACCUUCCUCCUACUGGGCUGUAACAAUGGAUCUAUAUACUACAUAGACAUGCAGAAGUUCCCCCUGCGUAUGAAGGACAAUGACCUGCUGGUGACAGAACUGUACCACGACCCAAACGACGACAUGAUCACGGCACUCAGCGUCUACCUCACUCCAAAGAUCAGUGUGAGUGGGAACUGGAUUGAGAUCGCAUACGGCACCAGUUCGGGUAAGGUUCGGGUGAUCGUGCAGCAUCCGGAGACGGUGGGACACGGGCCGCAGCUGUUCCAGACCUUCACGGUACACAGGAGCCCUGUCUGUAAGGUCAUGCUGUCUGAGAAGUACCUCGUCUCAGUGUGCGCGGAGUACAACCAUGUUCGUACCUGGAAUGUGACCAGGUUCCGUGGGAUGAUCUCCACCCAGCCCGGCUCCACGCCGCUCAACUCCUUCAAGAUCAUCUCACUGGAGGACGCCGACCCUCACCACAGCUAUGGGGCAGGCAACAGGAUAGGUCCAUUUGGAGAGCAGGAUGAUGAGCAGGUGUUUGUACAGAAGGUUGUGCCCGAGACAGACAAGCUGUUCGUUCGACAGUCUUCCACUGGGAAAAGGGUCUGUGUGAUAAAAACAGUAGACGGUUCACCCCUGAGCUGUUUCUGUGUCCACGAGUGUGAGGGGUCCAGCAGGAUGGGGUCACGGCCUCGCAGAUAUCUCUUCACAGGACAUGCAAACGGCAGUAUUCAGAUGUGGGACCUCACCACGGCCUUGAGUAAGGUGGAGAAGGACAGCAAAGACACAGAUGGACACAAGAGUGUCGUGGGUGGUCCAACUGAAGUGGAACUGUUGAAGCUGUUAGAACAGUGUGACAUCAGCGCCUCGCGAUGUUCCACCCCCUCACUCAGUCCCUCCACCUCCCUCGUCGCCUCCCGCCUCAGAAUGGUACAGCCCGAGGAUGGUCAGGAGGAACAGGGUGCGGCGGGCGGGGCAGAGGGCGGGGCUGACAGCUCGCAGGAUCCAAACUCCAAAGUUUUCAGGGUCUCUCUCUGUUAGUAUGACUGAAGAUAUCACAGUGAAGUAGACCUUUUAUUCCAACAUAGGUGCUGCUAUACAUAAUUUAUCAGUUUGGUUAACUGCAAAAUACAGUGUAUAUUGAAAGAUGUACACGUAUUUAUAGUGCUUGCAUGAACCAAAAAAAUGCUUCUGUAGCUAAAUGUACAGAUUUUGGAGUAAGGAGUUUUGCACUCUGAGAUCUUCUCAGUCUCUGUAGGAUAUCAGGAACUGUACUCGGGCCUAGGGAUUUCCAGUUACCCAACUGGCACCAGCAAAAAAUUGCUGACCCUAGUGGGUCAAUCACUGGUAAGGGCCUUACAGUUUUCAAGCUUGAUAUUUGAGUGAUGAAAACGUUGUAGAAUCAUUUUUCCAACAUGUUCUCCUCAUUGCUCUUGUACACUAAUAGAAAAUUGUGCUUGAAUGUACAAUGCAUUAUUAUCCAUACCUGGAAAGAUAAAAAGAGAGAGAGAGAAUCCUUGCCUACAGGCCCUAUUUCUGUCCAGGACUGUAAUAAGAAAUACAACAUUAAUUUUUCUAGGCCUUAUGAAAAUCAGACUUCUCAGAAAAAGCAUUCCUGAAGCUUUCUUGUAAGUUUGGUCUUGGAAAUUCCUACGAAAUACUUGAAGAAUAAAGACGCUACAUUGAUUGAUUCAUUGAUUUUAUACAGUUUUACAUGCAUUUAUUAGCUGUCAAUAGACUCCGAGUUGGCAGAAGACUUCUCUAAUUGUCAUGCUGCAAUGCAACUUCAUUGGAACUGACAUGAAAUGAUUUCAUGUCAAAUGAUUUUCAUGAAAAAAUAGUUAUGUCUUGUGGUAGUUCCAGCAGCUGAGGUAUAUGUACAUGUACUUAUGUUUCACACUAAGUCAUGAUAGUAGAAAAAACAUAGUUGUUCUUUGAUGCACAGCAUAAUUGUCAAGAAAUUAACGAAGCAGCCCUGAAAAUUUUAAUUAAAAUAUUAAAAUGUUAGUACAGAAAUAUUUGAGCAGCUAUUAGUCAAGUGUAAGCUUCAAAAUGUUGCAUUUGGGAAAGUUAGUGGAGUAUUUGAGAAAUGGGAAAA